CAGCCUCCAGGCCGCCCUUCACGUCCCUUCCUAGACUGACGUUUCAAAAUCCAAAUCCAAGAACAUUCUUUUGAACUUGAAUACCCCCUCCCUGGCAUGCGGAAUAACAUUAUAGAUUUGCACCGUAUGUAAAUUCUUCCAUGAUUGGUUGCUUUCUCUAGCUUGUCUCCCAUCUUCCUCCAGUAGCUCUCUGUGCGGGGCUAGUGACUGUUCCUGUUGUUUCCAUCUUCUGUACCUUUUGUAGAAUCAUCUUCAGCAUCAGUUUUAUUGGACGACAUUGCCGUCAAGAUCUUUGGUGUUUUAGCAAAAAUCUUGUUUGUUGCAUUUUUAAUAAUUACUGUUUCCAAAGAUUUUUAAAUCGUUUUACAAAAAGUCUUUAACAACUGUAUGAACUUGUAAAAGAAGGCCUCUAGAAGUUUUUUUUUUUUUUUUCUCAUGAAGUAUCUUUGUCAGUAAUGUCACAGGGUUUUUUGACUUGACAACAUAAGUUUCUACAAGUGUAAAUUAUACUGUUUUGGGUUGUUUACCGUCUUCCGAUAUUUUGUGGCAUAUUUCAUUAGGUGGGAGUGACCUCUCAGAAGACCAUGAAGCUGCUUCCUGCCUCCAGACAUAGAGCUACACAGAAGGUGGUUAUUGGAGAUCAUGAUGGGGUAGUUUUGUGCUUUGGCAUGAAGAAAGGAGAAGCAGUGGCAGUGUUCAAGACUUUACCAGGGCAGAAGAUUGCAAGACUGGAACUAGGAGGGGUUCUUAACACGCCCCAGGAGAAAAUUUUUAUUGCUGCAGGAUCUGAGAUUCGAGGUUUCACAAAAAGAGGAAAACAGUUCCUCUCUUUUGAAACAAACCUCACUGAAAGCAUUAAAGCUAUGCACAUAUCCGGCUCAGACCUCUUUCUCAGUGCAAGUUACAUCUAUAACCAUUAUUGUGACUGCAAAGACCAACAUUAUUACCUCUCUGGGGACAAAAUCAAUGAUGUCAUCUGCCUUCCAGUGGAAAGAUUACCUCGUAUUACCCCGGUAUUGGCCUGCCAGGACAGACUUCUCAGAGUUUUACAGGGAUCGGAUGUGAUAUAUGAAAUCGAAGUUCCUGGCCCACCUACCGUCUUAGCACUACACAAUGGAAACGGCGGUGACUCUGGAGAAGACCUUUUGUUUGGAACAUCAGAUGGAAAACUCGGGCUCAUUCAGAUCACACCAUCCAAGCCAAGACACAAGUGGGAAAUUCGGAAUGAGAAGAAGAGGGGAGGUAUUUUGUGUGUCGACAGCUUUGACAUUGUGGGUGACGGGGUUCAAGAUUUACUUGUUGGGAGAGAUGAUGGAACGGUGGAAGUGUAUGGUUUUGAUAACGCAAAUGAGCCUGUUCUACGCUUUGAUCAAGCGCUGUCUGAAAGUGUCACAUCUAUCCAGGGCGGUUGUGUAGGGAAAGAUGGCUAUGAUGAAAUUGUGGUAGCCACAUAUUCAGGCUGGGUGACGGGUCUGACAACAGAGCCUGUUCACAAGGAAAGUGGGCCAGGCGAAGAAUUCAGACUUAACCAGGAGAUGCAGAAUAAAAUUUCUUCUUUAAGGAGUGAGCUGGAGCAGCUGCAGUGUAAGGUCCUGCAGGAGAGAGAGAAGUACCAGCAGUCCUCGCAGUUAAGCAAAGCAAAGUCAGCAGUGCCUUCUUUUAGUAUAAACGACAAGUUUACAUUAAAUAGAGAUGAUGCCAGCUACAGCCUUAUCUUAGAGGUGCAGACAGCGAUAGAUAACGUCUUAAUACAGAGUGAUGUUCCAAUAGAUUUACUUGACGUGGAUAAAAAUUCUGCUGUUGUCAGCUUCAGCAGCUGUGAUUCUGAGGCCAACGACAACUUUCUUCUCGCCACCUACCGGUGCCAGGCAAAUACCACAAGGCUGGAGCUCAAGGUUCGCUCGAUCGAAGGCCAGUAUGGUGCACUGCAAGCAUACGUGACCCCAAGAAUUCAACCCAAAACCUGCCAGGUCCGCCAGCACCUUAUCAAACCCCUUUCCCUCCAUCAGAGAACUCACUGCAUUGAUCAGGACAGACCCAUGAAUACACUGACUUUAACAGGCCAGUUCAGUUUUGCGGAAGUUCACUCCUGGGUGGUGUUUUGCCUUCCUGAAGUUCCUGAGAAGCCUCCAGCAGGAGAAUGUGUGACAUUUUACUUCCAGAACACCUUCCUGGACACACAACUGGAAAGUACCUACAGAAAAGGAGAAGGAGUUUUUAAAUCUGACAACAUUUCUACUAUAUCCAUCCUAAAAGAUGUGCUCUCUAAAGAAGCUACAAAAAAGAAAAUUAACCUCAACAUAUCAUAUGAGAUCAAUGAAGUGUCGGUAAAACACACUCUAGAGCUAAUCCACCCAAAGCUGGAGUACCAGUUGCUUUUGGCUAAGAAAGUGCAGUUAAUUGAUGCUCUAAAAGAAUUGCAGGUCCAUGAAGGAAAUACAGACUUUCUGAUACCAGAAUACCGCUGUAUUCUAGAAGAGGCAGAUCACCUACAGGAAGAAUACAAAAAGCAACCUGCACAUCUUGAAAGGCUCUAUGGCAUGAUCACCGAUCUUUUUAUAGAUAAGUUCAAGUUCAAAGGCACCAAUGUAAAAACCAAAGUACCUCUUUUACUGGAAAUUCUGGACAGUUAUGACCAAAAUGCAUUGAUUGCUUUCUUUGAUGCUGCAUGAAAUAUAAACAAGGUAAAGUUCCAGAGAAGUUGUCUCUUUAGACAAAAUUGUUAAAGCAAAAUUACAAGCUAACUGUACAUACUUUUAUUUCAAAUACUUUUAAAUAUUAUCUAAAAAUAUUUGAGAUAUGACUUUCUAAAAUAAUGCUUCUAUAUCUUUUGACGCAUGCAAACUUUUAAAAAUAAAUAGCAUUUUUAUUUUUAAAUACAAGUGGAAUGAUUAUAAGGGAUUUUAAUUAAUUUUUUGCAAGUGGUGUUUUAACUUUUAUGUUGAAAAAUAAUAUUUGGAAAAUAAAAAUA